AUGGGGUCGGUGCGCGACGCGCCGCAAACGAUUGCGCAGCUUGUUGGACACUGCAUCCGCUGCUUCGAUGACGACGGAAGUGUUAUCGAUGAUGAAUUCCUCUUCAGCUUAUUUAUAGCUCAUCAAUGGUUACUUGACAGCGUACAGCUGUUAACACAGUUCAUUACAACCCUGCAGGAAGCGAAAAAUAUCACAACACGAACUCGUCUCGGUUUGGCUGUAGUGUACUGGAUACGACGAUUUCCUCAUCAUUUCGAUGGUCAACCACAAUUAUGUUCGCUGGCGGUCCGUUUCAGGGAAUUAGCGGAUGAUGUGCCAGAUGAAACUCGUGAGAUGAUUGACGUCUCUGAUUUGCCUUCAUACGCAUGGUUGAGAGCGCUAUCCGUACGACAACCAGUCGCACGACAAUUUUCACUCUCAUUUGAGCAAUGGAGCCCGGAAGACAUAUCCACUUCACUUUCUCAUAUUGAUUACAAGGUUCUUAGUAGGAUUACGAUCGCCGAACUAAAGCAGUACGUGAAAGACGGAUCACCAGCGAACACACCUAUGUUGGAAAGAUCAAUAUCUGUAUUUAAUAAUCUAUCGAAUUGGGUUCAAGUGAUGGUAUUAAGCAAGACCACACCAAAAGAACGUGCUGUUAUUGUUACAAAAUUUGUUAAUGUUGGAAAACAUUUACGAAAAUUGUGCAAUUUUAAUACGUUGAUGGCAGUUAUUGGCGGAAUCACACAUAGUAAUAUUUCACGUUUGUCAAAGACAAGUUCACAACUUGCACCACAAACGAAAAAGGAACUAAGCCAGUUAACUAAUCUACUUUCCGUUCAAUCAAAUUUCGGUGAAUACAGAAAAGCGUUGUCUGCGUUAGGAUCACAUUUUAGGAUUCCAAUUAUAGGCGUUCAUUUAAAAGAUCUAGUGGCUGCAACGUGUUGCUCUACCGAUUUUGAGAAAGCGAAGACCAUCAGUAUCCCAAGGUUAUGUCGCCUCGCUACUUUGUUGUCACAUUUUAUGAUAUUUGAUCAACGUCAGCACAAUUUUCCGGAGGCAAAUUUGGAUUUGAUAAACACGUUGAAGGUUUCGUUGGAUAUUCGUUACAAUGAGGAAGACAUCUACGAGUUAUCGCUUCGACGUGAACCGCGCACGUUCAUGACGUUCGAACCCUCCACUCCGGUCGUCUUUGCGGAAUGGGCUUCCGGAGUAUCAGCCACAUUAGAUUCAGAGACUGUGAAUAAGCAUGUCACUGCUAUGGUCGAUGCGGUCUUCAAACAUUACGAUCAUGAUCGUGACGGAUACAUCAGCCAGACGGAAUUUCGGCAAAUCUCCGGCAACUUUCCGUUCAUCGAUCCAUUCGGUGCUAUUGAUUUGGAUAGAGAUGGUCAAAUAUCCCGAGAGGAGUUAAGAACCUACUUCGUGAAGGCAAACAACGACUCGGUUGACUUUCGACUUGGUUUCAAGCACAAUUUUCACGAGACGACAUUCCUCACUCCAACCUCAUGCGGCCACUGUGGCAGAUUGCUGUGGGGAUUGAUUCGACAAGGUUGGAAGUGCAAGGAUUGUGGAUUAGCCGUGCACUGUGACUGUAAAGCGAACGCUGUGGCCGAAUGUCGCCGGAGAACCUCAUCCAUAGUGGAAUGGAUUGCGCCGAGAAAUGAAGGAGCACGAGCGAAACUGUUCUCAAUUUCAAAAAAGACUUCACGACCUCGAACUGUCUCCGCCAUUUCCUCCUCGCCAUCACCGGAAUCGAAUAUGAUGCCCGAAAGUAGUCGUGCCGGAGAGAAGUCUGGAUGCUUGAACAAACUUCAUUUGCCUUUGAUACGAGGAAAUAGACCACAUUCAGAGAGCGUGGACUACUAUAAGACCCAAGGUGCAUCACCAGAAGAUGAACAUUGCUUAGCCAGCCUUGCAUGCGAGGAAGUAUUCGAUGACGAUUCAUGCAGUAAUUACGAGAAUGGGACCUAA